CCCGAAGCGCCUGCGAUCUUCAGCCCGAGGCUCCCGGAAGCACUGCCUCGCGCUCCGGAAGGGAUUUCUCGGGCCGCGAGCGCCCUCCUCCUCGGUUUCCGCGUGAGACGUAGAGCUAAGAUACCGAGGCCGCGAGCGAGAUGCCGGUGGCCGUGGGUCCCUACGGACAAUCUCAGCCAAGCUGCUUCGAUCGCGUGAAGAUGGGCUUUGUGAUGGGUUGUGCCGUAGGCAUGGCGGCCGGGGCACUCUUCGGGACCUUUUCCUGUCUCAGGAUCGGAAUGCGGGGUCGGGAGCUGAUGGGCGGCAUUGGGAAAACCAUGAUGCAGAGUGGCGGAACAUUUGGCACAUUCAUGGCCAUUGGGAUGGGCAUCCGAUGCUAACCAUACCAGUGGCUGUUCACUACAUCUUCUCAUCAAUCCCAGCCCAUAUGAUAUAAUAAAACAAAUUCUUUGAGUA